AUGGGACAGAGUAAAGUUCGGAAAAGAAUAAUUUGGAUCGUUAAGAAUGUGCAGGUCACGCUAAGGCGGCGCGUAUUAAUCACGAUCCAGUGAUUAUAAGCGCCGUUUCAGCUCGUAAUUUAGAUGGGUUUUGUUAUGUGGGUUAUAGGUCUAAGAGCAUAUGAUUAUCGCUAAAUUGGGUUUAAGAGUUUCUUAAUUUUUUCUUUCUUUUGCUUUUUUUGGUCCAAAAAAAUAAAAAAAUAAAUAAAAAAGAAACCAAUCGUGAGCCGCCACGUGUCAGUGGGAUCCGCGAAUAGUACAUGAAACCAACACAAGUCGAUCCUUAUUUGAUCACUUUUGUUACCGCUUUUUUGCUGAUUUGUGGAGCCACCACUAUUUUUUUUUUGUAAAACCCCCUUAGAAACCAGCGAUAAACAUGGUCUUAUACCCCAGUUCGGAAACUCGCUAGGCGUUCCUCCAGGAACGCUCGGGCUGGAACUAGCACUAAAUAAAAAUAUCAAAAUUUUGCGAGAAUUAAUCUGCGAUUUAUUUUUGGUUAUAUAUGGCGUAUUGGUAACAAUUUCCUCGAAGUUCACUUGGUGUAGCAGUUAAGGUACGUUUUAUCUACCUGGCAACCCGAGUUCGAACAUGGUGAUGGAAUUUUUGUAGUUUUUUAGAAAUAAAUUAAAUGAGGAGUAAAUUUUUCAUUUACUUAGCAUCUUCUUCAUUAGGUUUUCUGCAACAAAAAUUCGAUGGUUCUUCCAAUUUUUACGAAUUUUAGAUCGAUUUCUUUGUUUUUCUUGUUGUUUUCAAGUAAACUUCAUGAAUUGCACUAACUUGCCACGGUACUCAAUCGUGCAGCUAUUUUCUGGGCAAUGACUCGCCAACUCGGCCGAGUUUUAGAAGAGGGUCUAAUAGUAAUUCAUGUUCGGCUAAGAUCAACCGAUCAGCGAUUAGCCGAGUUUUUGAACAUGGGUAGUAAUAGGUUAUACAAGACGAAUACGUCACGUCUAGAGGCCUAGAUGGAUUCUGAUUGGGUUUUUGAAUUUUAUUUACAAAUAUAGUAAUUGUAAACUAUUAAAACCACUGAAACUAUUAUGUACGUAGUCAGGAAAAUUCUCAAAUUCAAACUGUAUUUUUGUGAAAGAACUGUCUCGACCUGGUUCAUCAUCCAUGAAACAAAUGCCAUGCUAGGAGUCUGUAGUAGUCUACAAACACAUAACAACAUGUGAUAUUUUUCUAUAUUGUAUCCAAGAUUCAAAUUAGUAAAACGACCAAAAAACAAGUGUUAUGUGAAUGAGAAUCUCAAAAACACUUUCAUAUGAGAUGGAUGUGUAAUCUUUGUAAUACACAUUUGGGCCGAGCUCAUAUACACCAGGUCGCAAACCAGGAGUCUGGUUAUAUAUAUUUCUUACCUACAUGCUUUAUUAUCAUGUAUAGUUUGAUCUUUUUACCUUUUUAGCAAAAGGGAAAACAAUAGAAAAAAAGAAAGAGUCAAAUAAAAAACCCACAGAAAAUGCCCCCAGAUACGUUACUCUAUAAUCACUCUCCUUUCUUCAAUUUAACAAACAAAAAGAAACAAAACUUUUAAGAACAAUCUAGCCACAAGCUAUCCUUACCUUACUAAGUAAGCCAAAACACACGAACAAGAAAAACAUAACAAUAAUAAAUAAAAAUAUAAGUAACAUGAUUUUCGAUCAUCAACUUCUCCACCAUGACAAACAUUGGAGUCCUAUCUCAGCUCCUUUUAACAGCCGUGAUUUCUCCGGUUCUAGCAGUUUCCAGUUUAUCAAACGGUGGAGAUCAUGAGAGGUUUAAGAGACGUGAUCCUCUUAACAGCUUUACGUAUUACAACGGAAGUUUCGACGUUAGAGACAAACAUUACUGGGCAGCUACGGCAUUUACAGGAAUACACGGUUACGCCGUCGCCGGAGUGUUGCUUAUUGCCGGCGUAUGUUUUGGACUUUACCUAGCUUUCUCCGACAAAAGAAGACGCGUUUCUUCCACGCGAUGCCCAUAUCUGGACCGUUACUAUCUUCCUCUCUUCUUACUUCUCCUCCUCUUCAUGUUUCUCUCCAUGGCAGCGUCAGGGAUAGUUAUAGCAGCGAACCAGAGCUCGAAGAACAGAACAGAGGAGAUGAAAGAGACAAUAGACAAAGCAGGAGAGGAUGUUGAUAGAAACAUACGUACAGUGAUAACAUCGCUAACGAGAAUACAGUACUUGUUGCGUCCGUACGAUCAGAAAACGACUCAGCUUCUUAAUGUCACUAGCCAUCGACUUAGAAAAGGAUCUCUGCUUAUUCAAAGCUUUGUUCACACUAACAGUCCCACCAUUGAUCUCGCCAUCAACAUCUCGUAUGUAACUCAUCUUAUGAUUGCAUCAACUAGCUUGUUUGUUCUGCUUCUGGCCUUUGCUCCUAUCUUGCUUCAUUGGCAUCCUGGAUUCAUUAUGGUGAUAUUCUUGUGUUGGAUCUUAACCACUCUUUGUUGGGUUCUAACUGGCUUUGAUUUCUUCCUUCACACAUUCGUAGAAGACGUUUGUUCAGCUUUCAGUGGUUUUGUACAAAACCCACAGAACAAUACAUUGUCAAGUCUUUCCCCUUGCAUGGAUCCUCUUCACGCUGAUAAAACCCUAAUAGAAGUCAGCUCAAUGAUCCGUAAUUUCAUCACCGAGUUAAACUUAAAAGUAGCAGAUUCAAUGCGGUCUUAUUCAUUGACUGGUCGGAGUAAUACUGCAUCGCUGAUACCAAAAUCUGGACUGGUAUGUGAUCCGUUUGCUGGACAACAGAUUAACAGCUAUACACCACAACGCUGCUCCAAUGGAGCCAUUCCAAUAGGCGAGUUCCCAAAGGUUCUUUCGAGAUUCACAUGCCACGACAAAGUUCCACCGGAAACCUGCAGAAUUACUGGGAAGUUCAUCCCGGAAGCAGCUUACCUAAGAGUCUAUGCUUACAGCAACUCAGCUCAAGGGAUGCUAGACAUAUUGCCGUCUCUUCAAAACCUAACACAAUGCCUUUACAUGAAAGACACGUUAUCGAGCAUCGUCUCUAACCAGUGUAAACCCUUUAGGGCUUCCAUGUAUCGGCUUUGGGCAUCGAUGCUUGCUCUCUCUCUUGUCAUGAAGGUUAUGGUGUUGCUCUUCCUCGCUAAAGCUUUCCAAGAGAAAGGAAAGAGUUUUGCUUGGUUUUCGAUUUAUCCAACUUCUUCUGGAGAAACACGACAAGUGAAUAUAUAGAGUGGUGACUGGUGAGUGUGUAUAUGCAUUGAUUUUGUUUUGUAUUUACUAAUUUUGUUUAAUAGUACUUAAAGAAUUGUAUGCAGGACACAAAAUGUAUCAAAUUUGCAUGUAAUAAGUGUGACUCAACAAGUAUUUGUCAUACCAUACGUUUUUUCAUU